UAUUAAACUAGAUCAUCGUUAGAAUUUGUUCAAAAGGUGGUAUUUUGUAUCCACUAAGUGCAAAUGUACGAGAAUGAAGCUGAUCAGGAUUUUCAUUGUGAAUGUGUUUCUCCUUCAUACUGUCAGCACCGAAUUUGAUCUCAAUGAAGUUGGUUGUGGUUCCUUGUUGGACAAUUACUUGUUGGACAACUCCAGUAUUUCAUUCAGUGCUACAUCCGGGGACCCAGGACGUCCUUUACUUUCUGGAGAACCAUGGAAGCCGACCACCAUUAGCUUUAGGAACUCCUUGACGGUUGACUUAGGAGCAAACUACAGUGUUAGUCAGGUGGUGUGGUCAGGAGACCCUGCAACAGYAGAACAAACAAAUCAGAUGGCAAUUCAGUACAGUUACGAUGGAAUAACAUACGACUGUAGAAGGAAACGACUAGCACCUGCAUCCUGCAAUCCAUACUAUGGGAAUUACCCCCCACCUGCACCAAGUCAGGCAAUAAACGUGGUUAAUCUUGGAAGCGUCGUAACGGCACGUUACUUCAGAUUUGUUCCAAUUGAACCAGAUCCAGGAGUAAAGCCUGGUUCACACAAUUUAAGAAUUGACGUGAAUGGAUGUGUUAAAGGUAUUCCCGAUAUCGAUCUUGUGUUUCUGUUCAGUUCAACUUCUACCAUUUUAGCAGACGCAACUGCAGCUUUUACCUUCAUGAAAAACACAGCUAAAGAAUUUGUGACGCAAUAUGGUAAGACGUAUAUCAGGUACGGCCUGAUCGUCUUUGGUAUUACCGUCAACGAUGUCUUUAACUUCCAGACUACUGCCAGUAUGGAUAAAGCUACUUUGAAGACGUCAAUCGAUGGUUCCAACAACAUCGCUGGUUCAUCUGAUCUGAAAGCCGCGCUUGGAAAUGCAAAAGCAAUGUUACAAGGACCAGGUUCACGACCAAACGCAAGGAAGAUUGUUGUUGUAAUGAUGGACACGGGUUCAGCACAGUCUCAGAAUGAAUUGGAACUUGCUGCAAAAAACCUCAGAGAUAUCGAAGCACUUGUGAUCGGUAUUGGCAUUGGAAGACAGAUUCCAGUACAACAGCUUGAAUGGAUAACUCUAAAUAGGUAUUACGUCAUGCUGUUUCCAUGGACAGGAAGCUAUCGUCAUCUUUGCUUUGGUAUUGCUGCAAGAUGCUUUAAAGAAUCCGACAUUACAUUUGCUAUCGGUGCUGGUUCCACUAAUUCUGCAGCACUUUUUAAACUGAUGAAAGACACCAUGGGAGCAAUCGUUCUCAAAUACGGGAUGAGAACCAUCCACUACAGCAUUGUUACAUAUGGACUUGGUUCAGCCUCACCGUCAGUGGUACGUUCGUUCACCUCGACUGGAUCGCUUUCGUCUUCAGAUCUGAAGAAUGCAAUAGAUAGUCUCACUUACCCAGGAGGUUCUGGGACCAUUGCAACAGACGCUGCACUGAACAGGUGUCAAAGUAGCUUCAAUGAUCCAAGCGUUCGAAGAAGUGCUGAAAGAGACGUUGUUCUGAUGACUGACAAGAGUUCAUCGAUCAGUACUGCGACUUUAAGAUCCUUGUCGUACRCACUAGGGGCCUCAGGAUUAAGAAUCAUUCCCGUCGGUAUUGGRAAUAACAUCGACAGAAAUCAGUUACUACUCAUGAGCAGCAAUAGUGAAGAUGUUAUCCAUGUAACUGAGGUAGAGACAGCAAAUGCCCUGGAAUUGAAAGUCAUGCACAACGUAUAUCGACUUUACAUGCUGAACUACGACAUGACGUUCAUCAUGUACGCCUUUUCUUCUCAAUCGAGUAGUUACUACUCUUACAUGCAGAAUGUCAUACGAACAAUACUACAAAGAUAUGGUUAUGGGCGAUGUCGAUACACGUUUAUUGUCUAUGGAGGAUCUUCUGUGAUGUAUUACAGGUUCGACAGUAAGGCAUUCCCAAACUUGGAAAUGUUGCUGAGAGCCUUUGCCAGGAUUCCUAGAGCAAUUGGAGGAUCUGCAACUAAUUUAUCGCGCGCAUUUGAGCAUGCCAAGGCUAAUUUCCAAAGCGAUUCCCGGUCAGAUGCUUGGAAGGUUCUGGUGUUAAUGAUGGACAGGAAAACUGGAAUGAAUGAGGCAGCACUGCGCAGUAUGACAACAUCUUUAGAAGAGAUGGGAGUGUUUAUCAUACCAGUAGGAAUGGGUCGUGAAAUAGACAUAGUAGAGUACUACUACUUCACUGCCUACAGAGACUUUGUCACAUUUUCAUCGGAUUACACGUCCAUUUCAUACUUGAACAUUGGGGAAAAUAUCAUGAACCGUGUCGUCCGAUUUGAAUACGUACACAUGUUGUUCGUGAUCAACGCAGGCUCCGUCAACUCAAAUGUCACUUAUCAAUUGAUGAAAAAUUGUAUGCUGAAGAUGAUCAGGAAAUAUGGAGUUUACAGAUUUCGAUAUUCUGUUAUCAUAUAUGGUUCUUCAUUCACGAAACAUGUGGAGUUUAACACCAAUUUUCCAUACAGAGAUGCUUUGAUUAACAUUGUCAAUGGCUUGGUUAGUCAGAGCGGGUCUUCAAAUAAUUUUUUUUCAGGGAAAAGUAUCCCUGUAUUGGAGCGGCUUUCCCUAAGUGGGACCCCUACUGUUCUCCCAACACCUACACAAUACAAGAUGCGGCUAAAUGUUCAAGUGGUAACCUUUUAUUUCGUUUGAAUUGGCUUUUUGCAAUAGACACGUGAUUGUUACUGGAUGGCAAAAAAUGGACUUCCUUUAUUUAAAGAAUUGUUGCUGAAUUACUAAUGUUGUCUACAAAAACUUUUAGAAAAUACUUUUUUCCCCUUAGAAGAUACUUUUGGUUUCAUGAUACAAAGCAGUUUGAAAUUUGUUUGCCAUCCAAGCUGAAUUCGUCACAAAGUGAUAUAUCAGCAAGUGACUGUUUUGUUGCAAAAGGCCUAUUGUUGAAUCGCACAGCGCUUACGGUUACGGUUACGGUAAGAAAUGGUAAUGUUUUGUUAAUGCAAAACUAAUCAGUUUCCGGAUUAUAUUCUCCCUGAUAUGCGAACAGCUGUCAAUAUAGUUUUGCAUGUUUCAAGUUCAGCAAAUGCGUUGCCAUUUUAGCAGCAGUAAGGGGGACUCGCGGUCACCAUUUGGGAUUGCCCGGGAAUUACCCGUGUUUAUGCACUAGC